AUGAAACCAGAUGGACAGAACACUGUGUUGCUACAAACGGCAAAGGCAUGGGUAGAAGGCCCAUCGGGCAGGAAGAUAGCUCGUUGCUUACUAGAUGGAGGCAGUCAGAGAAGCUUCAUACAUGAAAACCUUGUGAAGGGCUUGAAGCUACCAGUAAUCAGACAAGAGGCACUCACUCUUCACACGUUUGGCUCCUCUGCCCCAGCAACAUCCCAACGCAACACAGUGAAAGUCAUCUUGGAGAAUGUCUGGGACAAACAGCAGAGAAUAGAGAUAGAGGCAAUUGAAACCCCACAAGUGUGCACAGCUGUGAUGAAGGUUCCUGGUGAACAGAUUCGACAUGAGCUCAAUAGAAAAGGACUGCAGCUCGCAGACUUUCCAGGAGAUGACAAUGAUCCUGAACUCUCUGUCCUGAUAGGAGCAGACUACUACUGGCAGAUAGUAUCAGGCAGAGUGGAGCGACUGACGGAGACGCUGGUUGCUUUAGAGAGCACCUUUGGAUGGUCGGUGCAGGGACCCGUGUUCAUGUCAAGUGUCGCCGAGGCAACUUGCAUGUUCAUCCCACUUGAUGAAGACACACUAGUCUCCAAACAACUGCAUACAUUCUGGGAGCUUGAGUCUCUGGGUAUUAUAAGCGAGAAAACACAGAACACAGAGGAAACCGAGGCUCUACAGAGGUUCGAGGAAACAACCACCUUCAAAGAUGGUCGAUACCACGUGGAGUUGCCAUGGAAACGAGAAAUGCCAGAACUCAAAGACAACUAUAGAAUCGCCAAGAAACGGUUUGAAGGUCUGAAGAAAAGACUGAAGAAGGAUGUGACGUUGUACAGCAGAUACAAUGAAGUGGUAGAGGACUACUUACAACAGGAUAUGGCAGAGGACGUGCCCAAGGACAACGCAUCAAGUGCAGACAACCGAUGUUCCCCCCGGGGCGAGGGGAUGGGGGGUGAGGGAGGGAGGAAGGGCGGCAAUGCUCAGUCUAAUGGAGGAGAUCCAGAGAUCCAGGCUGGCUCAAUGAGAGCGGAGCGGGGGAGGCAGCUGGACAAAAUCCAUUCCCAGAGUGAGCGUUCUGCUGAGGCAGUUGCCCACGGUGUGAGAGAGGAGCCCCAGUUUGUGACGGCGCGCGCUGGAGAGAGCGUGAUCCUGGGAUGUGACGUGUCCCCUCCCCUGGACGGCCAGCAGCCCCCCUACGUGGUGGAGUGGUUCAAGUUCGGAGUGCCCAUCCCCUUCUUCAUCAGCUUCCGCUUCCACCCUCCUCAUGUCGACCCAGAGUACACCGGUAGAGCCAGCCUGCACGGGAAGGCGUCUCUUCAGAUCGACCCAGUGCGCUCAGAAGACCAGGGCUGGUACGAGUGUAGGGUCCUGAUGUUGGAGCAGCAGUACAACACCUUCCACAAUGGCAGCUGGGUGCAGCUCACAGUCAAUGCCCCUCCCACUUUUACGACCACGCCCCCACAGUAUGUGGAAGCCAAGGAGGGGGGCAGCACACUGCUGACUUGCUCCGCCCAGGGAAACCCCAAACCCAUGAUCAGCUGGCUGAGGGAGGGGGAGGAGCUUGCAACCAGGGGAAAAUACAAGGUGCAUGAUGGAAGUCUGACGGUGCUGGGGAUCACUCGGGACGACAGAGGGGCGUAUACGUGUCGAGCCUUCAGCGACCAGGGAGAGGUGCUCCACACCACCCGUCUGCUGGUCCAAGGGCCACCGUAUAUUAAGUCACCGCCAGAGAACAUCACUGUCAACAUAUCCCAGAAUGCACGCUUCACCUGUCAAGCAGAGGCGUAUCCUGGCAACCUGACCUACACCUGGUUUUGGGAGGAAGAUAACGUCUACUUCACUAAGAAUGACCUGAAAAACCGAGUCCGCAUCCUGAUCGACGGAACCCUCCACAUCUUCCGGGUGAAACCAGAGGAUGCUGGGAAAUACACCUGCAGCCCAAGCAACAGCCUCGGAACGCCACCGUCAGCAUCAGCACACCUCUCUGUUCAGUACCCUGCCCGCGUGCUCAACAUGCCCUCCAUCAUAUACGUCCCACGGAAACUGCCAGGGAUCAUCCGCUGCCCAGCGGACGCCAACCCGCCGGUGAUAUCAGUGAAGUGGGAGAAAGAUGGCUACCCUCUCAGAGUGGAGAAGUACCCCGGUUGGAGCCAGGCACCGGAUGGGAGUAUUCGGGUGGCGGAGGCCACAGAAGACUCCCUCGGCACCUACACCUGUAUGCCUUACAACGCCCUGGGUACUAUGGGCCAGUCUGACCCGGCCAUUCUGGUGCUAAAGGAUCCCCCCUACUUUAACGUGAGGCCUGGUGGGGAGUACCGCCAAGAGGCUGGUAGAGAGCUGGUCAUCCCCUGUGCUGCCUCGGGAGACCCUGAGAUACCAACCAUCACCUGGAGGAAGGUGGGGAAGCCCAGCAAGAGUAAGCACAACAUCCUUUCCAGCGGCAGCUUACAGUUCCUGUCCCUCAGCAAGGAGGAUCAUGGGGAAUGGGAGUGUGUGGCCACCAAUGUGGUCACCAGCAUCACUGCCAGCACGCGCCUCCUCGUCAUUGGCACCAGCCCACAUGCUCCAGGCAACAUUCGUGUGUUGCCCUCUGUGACCUCGGCCAACGUGUCCUGGGAGCCGGGUUACGACGGAGGCUUUGAUCAGACAUUCUCAGUGUGGUACGGCCCAGUGUUGAAAAAGGAGAAUUUUGGCCCCCAUGACUGGCACUCCAUGCCGGUGUCGGGGUCUCAGACGUGGUUGGUGGUGCCGGGGUUGGAGCCCAGGACAGAGUACCAGUUCAGCGUCCUGGCACAGAACAAGCUGGGCACAGGCCCUUUCAGCGAGGUCGUGACGGUUAACACAGUAGUGUCUCCCCUGAGUACCCCUGAACCACAGGUGCUUCUUACUCCACCACGGUGCCUCACAGCCAAUCGCACGCAGCACGGCGUCCUGCUAACAUGGCUCCCGCCAGCCAAUCACUCCUCGCCUGUCGACCGCUACAUCAUGGAGUUCCGUCUCGGAGAGAGGUGGGAGGUCCUCGACGAUCUGAUCCCUGCCGCUGAGACUGAGCUGAUGGCCAGGGACCUAGUCCAGGAGUCCUGGUAUGAGUUCAGAGUCAUGGCCGUCAUGGAUGACCUCAUCAGUGACAGCAGUAAUGUGGUGGGAGUGUCCAGCACAGAUCCCUUCCCCCCUACGGAGGUGACUGAAGAGGGGUUGGCGAGGCCCGUGGUAGCGGGCGUCGUGGCAACCAUCUGCUUUCUGGCGGCUGCGGUGCUCUUCAGUACUCUAGCAGCCUGCUUCGUCAACAAACAGCACCGACGCAAACUCAAACGCAAACCAGACCCUCCCCUGUCUGUAACACACUUCAGGAAAAGCAUUGACUCACCGCUGUCCUCUGGGAAGAUCAGUCCAGAGAGCUCCCCUCCCGCCUCGCGGCCCCAAUCACUGUCCUCGGAUGAGGCCCACGGCCCGGGCCUGUACGUCAGGAGGCUGCCAAGCCCUCAGAGAGACAAGGACAAAGAGCUCUCCUUCUACAAGAAAACCAAGCGUGCCAUAGCCAGCAAGAAGUACAGCGUGUCCAAGCACGAGGCAGAGGUCACCAGCCCUAUCGAGCUGAUCAGCCGCGGUCCCGAUGGUCGUUUCAGCAUGGCCAGCCCGCCAUCAGCCCACCGCCGCAUCCAGGGCUUCCCGUUCGCUGAGGAGUCCGACAUGUAUCCUGAGUUCCGGCAGUCCGACGAGGAGAAUGACUUUGACCCCGGGCCCCUACCCCCGAUCAUGGCCACGCUCCGACCACAGCUCUCCCCAACAUCCUCCAGUCUGGAGUCCACGCAGCCCCCCAACUACAGCCCCCGCCUCCACAGGCCCAUGGAAGGUAUGAGCUUUGUGGAGGGCAGUGGGCAUCAUGCUGCAGGGCAGGCCCCAGCCUCCCGCUACAGGGAUUUUCCACAGGUCCCCUUCUAUGGGUAUCUAGGCAGCCGCGGGGAAUCGGGUAUACCGCCACCUUUUUACAUGCCUGACAUCAGUCCCCGUAGUUCCACUCUAUCCUCCCCCCCAGGCACUGCUGACGGGGGACCCUACGGUUAUCCCUCCAUCCCAGAGGAGAGGGAAGAGAUGGAACUCCAUCAUCAGUACACUGCCUCUGGCCAUUCCCUAGCACAUACACACAGUACUCCCCCUCGCUCCCCUCGCUCACCUGACAGCUGGCAGCCUCACGAGUUCCCCUUCCUGGGUCUGGAGGGGCCCCGCUUCAUUUAUCCACCUCACCACCCCUUACAUCAUCACCAGGACCUUCCCGACCCUCCACCGUACCCCCCUCUCCACUCUCUCCCCCCCAGCCGCCUGCACCUCCCCAGCCCUCGGCUCCUGCAGCUGGAGGUCCCAAUGGCUCCGCAGAGCAGGGACCGACCCCCAGGCCCUCCAGCUAGGCGCUUAGCUAUGCAACAGGCCCAGAGUCUCGGCCAGCUCAGACACACGUCCCAUGGUGUGGGUGUACCAGUGUUGCCUUACCCUGACCCGGCAGCCCGUGAAGGGAGCCCAAGCACAGCCCGUAGCAGCAGCCCCCAGUCCUGGCUCAGCCCGAGGUCAGGGCGUAGGACAGAUCCCUCCCUGCCCCCGCUGGUCCUCCAGCCCUCCCGCCUCUCCCCCCUCUCCCAGAGCCCUCUUAGCACCCAGCCAGGUUCUCCAGAUAUUCUAGUCCGCCCCCCGCCCCGCCCCAGCAUCCUCCGCACAUCCCACUCUCUGGAGAUGCCUGAGAUCACCCUGCACCCCCAAGCCACUGUCAGUUUCUCCCGAAGGUCCUCCCUGGCCACCUCCCCCACCCAGGGCCAGCAGGGAAGCCGCAGGCCCAGCCCCAGUUACCGUCCCCACAUGUCCUAUGCCUCCACCGCAGCCAGUUAUCCCUCCCAGUCCCCCUCUCCCCCCUUGGAGAGCAGGGAUGUGUUCGGGCAGUGGCCGUCCCAGAGGAGGACAGAGGAGGAGAUGCUGCCCUCAGAGCCCUCCCAGCUCCAGAUAUCCGCCUCAGGGUAG